AUGGCCGAUUACAGGGGUGAUUGCUUCUAUGAUUGCAAUAGCGAGAGUGAAAACGGCGAUGAAGAUAGUGUGAUUGAGCAUGAGCCUAAAAAAUGCGAGCAGAUCAUUCGAGCAGUUGGCGGUUUUAGUACGCCCAAUUUUGAUGAUCCGCUCGAGAUACGCCAAACACUUGAGCGUGUUUCGGACAAUUCGCGUUUGCUCCUUCGUAGCGUUGGUGGCAAAUGCGAUUGUCUGGAGCAUUCGGAUCGACAUACAUCAGCCACAUUCUUUUAUCCAGCCACAUUAGAAAUAUGCGCUCGUCUAUUAACUGAUAAGUCGAGUGCAUGUCCUGCAAGUUGCCGGUGCCGGCUGCGUAACGAACCAGUUAAACUGCAGCUUCCCAUGGAGCUCAAUCCAUACAGUGGGCAAGUUAAUAUGAAAAUUUUUCAACACGCACUAAAAGCAAUGACUGUGGUCGACGGUUGCUAUUGUGCUGGUGCUGGUGAUAAGCGACAGCCAAAUGCGGAACCGGGAACUAAAACUGAAAAGGCGACAAGUGCCAAAAUCACUAAAGUUCCAGAAGCUGAUCCUGGCGGAGGAGCAGAUGGUGGCUUCGAGCAUCCACUUGCGCCUCGAUCCGGCGCGGGGCUUGGAUCUGGUUUUGGCUUUACACCUGGCGGUUUGAGACGAUAUACACAACGACAUAAUUACGUCCACAAAAGUGGGCGUAAAGUUCGUUGGCCAGAUAUCUUGUGAACUAGGGAAGAAAUUUAAUGGAUUUGUUGUAUUUUUGUUGGUAGAAAGUGGGCUAGGAUGUGGAAAUGUGAAUGCAGUUCUGAUAAUAGACAAAAUUUGUAGUCCAAAUAAAAAGGCUGAAAGUA